GUUAUUCUUUCACUCACUGAUUUGACGAAACUCUGAAGUAUAAAAUGGGACAUUUCGUUGCGCUCUUCGUCCUACUGCUCUCAGCAGUAGCCUGCCAUUCCGCGUCACAAAACGCCACCGCCGUUUCCUGUACCAUCUCAAAAUACAACUUGGACCACAUCAACCAAGCCCAAAGUGAAUGCUCUGAAAUCACCAUCGACAGCCUAAUCGUCCCAUAUGGUGUAACUCUGGAUCUAACCAAACUUAAAACCGGUGCCAAAUUGAUAUUCCGAGGUACCACCGUAUGGCAGUACGAAGAAUGGGAGGGACCGUUACUGAAAAUUAAAGGAACCAAUGUAGAAGUCACCGGCUCCGACGACCACGUGCUCGACGGCAGAGGUGCGCUGUGGUGGGAUGGUAAGGGAGGAAACGGAGGCAAAGUCAAGCCGCACUUCAUGAAAGCCACCGUAACAAACUCCGUCAUCCACAAAUUAAACAUUAAAAAUACUCCCGUCCAAGCUUUCUCAGUAAAUGGUUGCAUCGAUUCCGUCGUACAAUACAUAACCAUCGACAAUAAGGAUGGAGACACUAAAGGCGGCCACAACACGGACGCAUUUAACGUUAAUUCCUGCAACAACAUCACCAUAAAGCAUUGCACCGUUUACAACCAAGACGACUGCAUGGCGAUGAACUCCGGAUAUAACACCUACUUCUUAGACAACUACUGCUCUGGGGGUCAUGGUAUUUCUAUCGGUUCCGUGGGCAACGGUGCUACAGUUCAAGGAGUAUUGGUCGACGGUUGCCAAAUCGUCGAUUCCGACAACGGAAUCAGGAUUAAAACCAAAUACGGAGAGACUGGAUCCGUGUCCGACGUCACCUAUCAAAAUAUAGUGCUGAAGAACAUUCACAGAUACGGCAUCACCAUGCAGGGCGACUAUGGUUCUUCAGGAGGUGUGCCCACUGGUGGUGUGCCGAUUUCCCAUCUCACUCUAAAGAAUGUUACAGGCACUGUUGACAAAGGGGGCGCUAACAUAUACAUUCUAGUUGAAAAUGCUUCGGACUGGCAUUUCUCUGACAUUAAUGUAACUGGCGGACAAAAGAAAAUGAGCUGCAAAGGAAUCCCAGCAGGAACUGGAGUCUCGUGCUGAUUUGAACACAUAUGGGCUCCUGUAGAUGAUAAAUAAACUUAUGUUAAUAUAAAUAAA